CGCAGUUGAGCCACGCACUCACUUGGGUAGUCUUCCUUCAGAUUUCUCUGGUGAUCCGCUAGCUUUGAGCGAUGAAAAUGGCUUCCUCCAGGGUUUUCCUCCUGUGCGGCCUGCUUCUGGCCGUUGUCGUUCUCAUGGCCGCGCAGGUCUCGGCUCGUGACCUUGCUGAGGAGACUCAGUCACAGGAGAGCGUGAAGGAGGCUAACUACGGCCAAGGAUAUGGACCUGGCUACGGCCAUGGCAAGGGUCACGGCGAACAUGGCCAAGGUGGAAAGGGGUAUGAAGGUGGCGAGCACGGCCACGGCGGCCACGGCGGUCACGGCGGCCACGGUGGUCACGGCGGUGGCGGCGGUCAUGGUGGUCACCCUCCAGAAGAAACCGAAGAUGUCAAGAACUAGAUAAUGGACUCAGUUGGGUCCAUCAUCCUGCUGGGAAUGUAGGAGAAUGUAUGCCAUGUAACUCGUAGAAGCUUAAAAGCUUCUGCAAUAAUGGUUGAAUAAAAUGGUUUCUCCACUGUCGUGAGCAGCUUUGUUGUGUUUCAGAUGGUUCUUUUGGUGAUUUCAAGGACGAGUCGUCUCAAAUGUCCACUGAUGUUUGCAUGUGAAUGAAUAAAACCCACUUUAAUUGGCAACAAA